GCGCAUAUUUGCACGCAGCGUCGUCUGCUACAAUGUAAGUACACACUACACAGUGGUAUGUGUACAAAUGUCUUGACUCUUUCGUUGAAGGUUCAUGUUGUCGUUAUAGAAAAAAUCCCAUAAAAAGGAAAAAUUGUCAAGAGAAUCAACUGCAAACAUGUUUCAGUUCGGGUUCAACAUGUUCCCGGAGAUUCCGCGGCCCUUCAACACCCAAUAUAAAUGUUUCUCAGUGUCGAUGUUGCCCGGGACUUAUCGCCAGGACGUUGAACGCGGCGGCAAGAUAAUCAUGCCACCGUCUGCUCUGGAGCAGCUCACCAGGCUCAACAUCAUUUACCCAAUGCUAUUUAAAUUGACCAACAAGAAGACAAACAGAAUUACUCAUUGUGGUGUAUUGGAGUUCAUUGCCGACGAAGGCAAAGUCUAUUUACCUUACUGGAUGAUGCAUAAUCUUUUGUUGGAGGAAGGCGAGUUACUAAAUGUAGAGAGUGUGUCAUUGCCAGUUGCAACAUUUUCACGCUUUCAACCACAGUCGGAGGAUUUUCUGGAUAUCACAAACCCAAAGGCAGUAUUGGAGAACGGCCUGCGUAGCUUUGCCUGUCUAACCACGGGCGAUGUGAUUGCAAUCAAAUACAAUCAAAAGAUUUACGAGAUGUGCGUGCUUGAAACUAAGCCUGGUCCAGCGGUCAGUAUCAUCGAGUGCGACAUGAACGUGGAAUUUGCGCCACCGGUAGGCUACAAAGAGCCAGUGCGAGCGGCAAAGAAAGAAGAGGACGACAUAGAGCAUCUGGCUGAUAUGAUGCCAGCGCAGACUGGCUUUGUACCUUUCCAAGGUGAAGGUGUCCGGCUGGAUGGUAAAAAGCGUAAAGAAACGCCCAAGCAGGAAACCGUAGCUGCCAAGCCGACCUAUGUUCGAGGAAUACCGGAUUACGAGUAUCAAAUAGGUACUCUCAGGUUCUUGCGAAAUAUGAAGCCAGCGAAUAAUAAGGAGACAAAGGAUCCAGAUGAAUUUAAGGCGUUUACUGGCGAAGGAUUUACUCUUUUGAGAAAAUCCAGAAAGUGAUAGAAUAUAAGAAGCAAUAUUGUUUAUUAUUUUUAAUUUAUAAAUAUUUAAGAGUGUUUGCCGGAAUGAAUGUUGUAUUGUGGAUAUUCUCUUUUGUUAUAAAAAUAUAAUUAAAUGAUAGUCAAUUAUUAAUAUUA